UAAUGUAAUGUAAUGUAAGAAAGAAUAUGUAUGUACACAUAUAUAUAAAAUGAUCUUCCUCAAGAGGAGUCAGGACCUGGAUUUUCAUCUUCCUCUCCUCUAUCUCUCAAAACCCUAAUUACAGCUUGCCCUAUCUUCCUCUUUCCGGCUUUGUUUGGACAAUAUAGAUCAGGGUCUUCUCUUUGUUUCCAAUUUGUGUAAAAGAACAGACCAUGGGAAACACAAUUGGGCUUUGUACCUGUUCAAGCUUUAGCUGUAUGUUUUAUUGGCAAUGGAAGGGAUCGAACAUGUGAUGUUUGGAUUUCAGUUUAAUUUCAAGACAUGAUUGGAAUUGUAAUUGGUUGGAUCAUAGAAGAUAAUGAAUGAAUGUAGAUGUAGUGCUCAUUCUCUCUUUGUGGUGUUAAAGGAGGUAAAUUAGAGAAGGAACAAUGGAGACUAAUCUAUGUGAUGUGAGUCAUUUGGAUUCUGAUGUUCUUUUGCCUCCUCGAAAGCGCCUGCUUGCAGGCCUGAAAAAACAGAGUUCAGAUGUUGAUGGUUCUUUGCAGCUGUCUCUAGUUGCUUCCUCUUCAUCUUCUUCACCCGCCCCUGCACCCCCUACCCCCACCCCUGCUUCUUCUGUGGCAUCUGUAUAUGUAUCAGCUCCUCCUUUUCCUUCAUCACCUACCUCGAGUCAAUUCAACAUUCGUCUGAGCAAUCUAUUGAGUUCUCAUAAUUCUAACCUAUCUCCUGAUGAAAUAGUAGAUGCCUCAAAAUCAGCAGCGGCUGCUGCAGUCAAGGCAGCCGAGGCUGCUAGAGCGGCAGCAGAAGAAAAGGCUGCAAUAGCAGCAAAGGCAGUGGCUGCUGCAAAGAGUGCACUGGAUUUGAUUGCCUCUUUUUCUGAAGAAGCUGUCAACAAGGAAAGAUAUCUGAAAAAGAACAAGUUAAAAAAGCAUGUUCCGGUUCAGCUAUUGUACAAAAAAUACCAACCUAUUGAGAAUUGUAAGAAGGAUGAGGAAUUGGCCCGUAAUUUGCACAGAGCUAUAAACAGCUCACCAAGAAUAUCAAAGAACUCUUCUAGUCCUGAAUACAAGGGUCAUAAACACAAGAAACCUAAAGUCUUAUCCAGUUCUGAUCAAACUAGAGGUUCAAAUGGGGUUGUGGUAAUGGAGAAAAACUACACAUCUACUUGUAAUGGACAACAAGAAAUUGCAGGUGAGGUUGAUUUUGAAGGUCCUGUCCGAGAGUUAUGUGAAAGUAAAGCGGACGACAAGGCAUGUACAUAUGAUAAAGCUGGACAAUCAAUAGAUAUUGGAGAAGCAGAAUUAGGUCAGCCAAAGGAGAAAUUUUUGGAUGAUACGUCUGGCGGUAGUGGUAAAAAGAGAGGAAGAGUGAAGCUAAAGAAAUUGCCCUUAAGCAUGUGCAACUUCAGGGAGCAAGCUACUCCCAAAGAUGAGGUGGAUAUACGAAACUCGCCCUUGACUGAUAUGAACAUGGGAAAUCCUACAGCUGGUAAUAUGUCUUUGUUUACUACUGUAGAGCCUUCUGGUGAGGGAGUGAUGCCAAUUGAGGCAAAGUCAGUUUGGAAAUGUCAGGGGUUCAAGGCACCUGAAUGUGUCAAACAAAAUAAAGUGGUGCAGUCAUAAUGUCCAAUUCCAAACCCCAUUGCUGUGACAUAAUGUGGAUUCCAAUCCAAGAUAGAAGUUUGAUAGUUGAGGUAGGAUUCAUAAUCAUGAUGCUCUUCUUACAGAAAAAACGGCUUUGUUUCGUUUGAUCUUUUUUGUUCAACUUGUCUUUUGUAAUGGACAUGAACUGACCAAGUGUAAAUUUAGAUGUUAAAUUGCUUUGCAUCCAUGUUUUUACAAUACCGAAUUUGCCUUUUGUUCAUUUGACGGCAGAUUACCAAGUUGAGAUAUAGGGAUUGCAAUAAAUGUGUAUGGUUGGUUGUUUAGUAGAGUGUACUUCAUUGUGCCUUUUUCUUCUUCUUCUUCCUCUUCUCAUUAUGUAGAUAUACAGACACAGAGUCAAUGUCUUUGGUACUUUAUUGUUAUUUAUUGCCAAGUUAAAUUCA